AAUUCGAUAAAAAAAUUCGCAAUACAAUCGCCCCAGACGCAGCCCCCACAAUUCACGACAGUAAUCAGAUAAUCUUAAGUAUCGAAAAGAAGUUCGAGGGUGAGAAAAGGAGCAGUGGAUUAUGAAAGGAAUCAAUCAGAAAUUCGAUAACCGGAACAUGGACGAGCUUCAAGAUCUUCCAGAAGAAUCGAGCGGCCUUCUUUGCCCUAAUCAACAUUCUCAUCGGUCGAUAUCUAAGGUGAACGAGACGAAAGUGUACAAACGACGAUGGCUGAUUCUAAUCAUCUUCGUGCUGUACAGCGCUAGCAACUCGAUGCAAUGGAUUCAAUACAGCAUUAUUGCAAAUAUCAUAACGAUGUACUACAAUGUAUCCACUUUUUCAGUGGAUAUGACCAGCAUGAUAUUCAUGAUAACUUACAUUCCUUUCAUCUUUCCAGCAAGUUUUGUACUCGACAAAUUCGGUCUCAGGUUCGCCGUUUUGAUAGGCGCGAUCGGAACGAUGAUCGGCUCUUGGAUAAAAGUGUUUAGCGUAAGUCCAGAUCGGUUCUGGAUUACCUUCAUUGGUCAAACAUUCGUUGCUGUGAGCCAAACGUUCAUCUUAUCGGUUCCAGCUCAUUUGGCCGCUGUUUGGUUCGAUUCAAAUCAGGUCAGCAGCGCGUGCAGCAUCGGCGUUUUUGGAAAUCAGGUGAUUGGGUAUAGCAAUUGGUUCCUUUUCCCGCCGAUGUUGGUGCAAAAGAACGAAGAAAUUAAUCAAAUCGGCCGAGGAUUGCACGCCAUGUUCUACAUAGUCGCUGCUUUUACCACCAUUAUUUUGGUCCUUAUACUUCUAUUUUUUAAGUCUAAACCACCGCUUCCUCCGAAUCAAGCACAAGCUCAAGUUCAGAGAGAGAACGAAACUCCGAAAAGUUUUUUCAUAGAAAUGAAGAAACUGGUCACAAACGUCGGUUACUUGUUACUAUUGUUCAGUUAUGGCAUCAAUGUAGGCGUGUUCUAUGCCAUCAGCACGCUUCUCAAUCAGAUAAUAGUUCAACAUUUUCCUAAUCAAGAAAAAGACGCUGGAAGAAUCGGUUUGACCAUUAUCUUCGCUGGUAUGUUAGGUUCUGUGGUUUGUGGUAUUGUGCUCGAUAAAACGCGCAAAUUCAAAGAGACAACGUCAGUCGUUUAUCUUUGUUCUUUUCUGGGCAUGAUUAUAUUCACAUUCAUUCUAAUAUCCACCAGUCAAAUAUUCACCAUUUAUAUAAUAGCUGGCAUGUUAGGAUUCUUUAUGACUGGCUAUCUUCCAGUGGGUUUUGAAUUUGCCGCAGAAUUGACAUAUCCGCAAUCAGAAGGAACAUCCGCUGGCUUAUUAAACGCAAUGUGCCAAGUAUUCGGUAUUAUCUUCACAAUUAUCUACGGUUAUUGUUUGAACGUUUGGGGUGAUUUUUGGGCGAAUAUUUUCCUCUGUAUUGCGCUAGCCCUUGGUUCAUUCCUCACCAUCAUCAUUCCCAAUGAUCUUCGAAGACAGAACGUUUUAAAAAAUUCCAUGGUUGAAGGUUGAGAGAUAGAAAGUUGAAGAAUGAUCGACUAGUCUUUGUUGUGAUCAAUGAUAUUGCGAAUGUAGACUUUCCUAUGAAUAUCUUUCUAUGAAGAUAGAUGAGAAAAAUGAAUUAUUAUAGGUUGUCCAAAGAUAGUUGAUUUUGAUAAAAUGUCAGGUAAAAUUGCAUAGAAUCGUCUGCCUCAUGUUAUCUACUGUUAUUAUCAUUAUUCUAUUCUUUCAUAUAUAUUCUUUCAAUAUUUUUAUAUUUUACAUUUAUAUGUAUAAUAUUUUUUUUAUUGAAUUCAAUUCUUAAAUAACAUUUAAAAAUAGAUUUCUUAAUACAUAAAAAUAUGAUGUAAUUAGUUUUAAAAUCAAGAAGGUUAAUAUGCAAGAUGACAAAAUAUUGAAAUAAUAUUUCAUGUGAACAUGAAUAUAUCAAAUAAUGACAAGAGUAGAUAAAGCAAACAAUAAUUUUGGGCAUGGUUCAAGAUCUGAAAUUGUGUUGGAACAUUCCAUAUUAUUUUUAUUAUUUUUUUAUUAUCUUUGUUUCAAAAGUACUAAAUAGAAGUUCUAAUUUAUUUAUAAAUUAAUUGAGAUUAAUCGUUGACUAUUUAAAAAAUCACUGUCUUAUACUUACAUUUAAUUUCUAUCUUAUUGUUUUUUCUUCUUUGUGCUGUGAUGACACUUCAGUAUCAUUGGAACAAUUCCAUCGCGUGUAGACAACAUCUGAAA